UCAACAAAAUACCAAACUCACACCCACCUUCUCUCUCUUCUUCUCUUCUCUUCUCUCUCCGGCCACAUUUUUCAUCGGACGGUGGUGGUGGUGCGUUCGGCGAGAUCAGAUCGCGAUGGCGGAAGACAAGUACAAUCUCAAGAACCCAGCAGUGAAGAGAAUUCUACAAGAGGUUAAGGAGAUGCAAUCCAAUCCCUCUGAUGAUUUCAUGAGCUUACCCAUCGAGGAAAAUAUUUUUGAAUGGCAAUUUGCAAUCAGGGGUCCCCGUGAUUCGGAGUUUGAGGGCGGAAUCUAUCAUGGACGAAUCCAGUUGCCUGCAGAAUAUCCAUUCAAGCCUCCUUCAUUUAUGUUGUUAACGCCGAACGGUCGUUUCGAAACACAGACAAAAAUUUGUUUAAGCAUAUCAAAUCACCAUCCUGAGCACUGGCAGCCAUCAUGGAGUGUGCGGACUGCCUUAGUUGCACUGAUUGCAUUUAUGCCCACAAGCCCAAAUGGUGCAUUGGGCUCACUAGACUACAAGAAGGAAGAGAGGCGUGCUCUGGCUGUUAAAUCUCGGGAUACACCACCCAAAUUCGGUACCCCUGAACGUCAAAAAUUAAUUGAUGAGAUUCAUGAAUAUAUGCAAAGUAAGGCACCUCCUGUUCCUCAACCCAGCCCAUCGCAGGCACCUGAAGAACAACCUUCUAAAGAGGAUGAUGCUCAGGCGAGUUCUCAGAAUGUUGUGAGUAGCGUGCCUGUUGCAGAGGGGCUACCCGAUGCAUCAGAAGAGGAGACGGCCAUUGAAGAACGCCAGGAAGUACAUGCAGAUGCCAAUGCCGGACCUGUACCUGUACCUGCAGAGAUGAGAACAUCAUUUGUGGCUCCACCGAAUGACACAAGUAAUCAGGUGAUGCAUAGGCGAGAAACAACCAGGGUCCCGAAACCAGCCGAUGAUCGAAUGUUCACAUGGGCUGCUGUUGGACUUACCAUUGCAAUUGUGGCUCUUUUGUUGAAGAAGUUCAUGAAAGCUAGUGGACAUGGUGCCUUUUUCAUGAACGAUUCUUAAGAUCAUAGGGAUGAUUUUUGUUACAAGCGUGGAAAGCUUAAAUUCUGAACUGAUACUAUAUAGUUAAAAGAAAGACAUCUAUUAUAACCUUUUUUUUUAUAUAAUUUGUAACAUAUUAUAAUUAUUAUCUUAAAAUACACAUUGUAAUAAUAAUAAUAUAUUAUUCAACUGUUCA